CGCGUCAUAUACCACACCGGGAACCAGUCCUUCCGUUGCUCCAACAGUAUAAAGCCCCCAAACCCACCCCGCUUCACUCCGUCCUUCUCUUCUCCUAUAAGUUGCAACAACCUAAUAAGCACCUCACUACCAAAAUCCUCUCAAUAGCAACAAUGGCUGCUCUCACCCCCAACUCCGCCCGCCUCCUCCAGACCAUCGGCCUAACAACUACCGCCUUCCUCGCCGGCACCUCCGCCUCUUUCUCGCUAUACGCCGUCCCACGUAUCCUCGAAUCCCCCACGCCCCUCCUCCUUAAGCAAUUCAAGCACAUGUACACCGCAGGCCACGACUCCCUCCCGGCCGGCACGGUCAUCGCCGCCACCUCGCUCCUCUACCUCGCCUACGACAGCCGCGCCGCUGGCACAACCGCCUGGCGCGGAUAUGUGACUGCCGCGGUGUUAGCAGUGGGAAUUGUUCCGUAUACGCUGGCUGUGAUGAUGGGCACGAAUAACGUGUUGUUAGGUAAGGCGGAGGAGGAGGAGGAGAAGGUGGAGGCGCAGGCGGCGUCGGUGAAGCAGCUAGUGGAUCAGUGGGCGAUGAUGAACUUAGGGAGGUCUGUGUUGUUGACUUCUGCGGCGGUCACGGCGACCUGGACGGCGCUAGGACAGGGGUUGUGAAGGGGCUGCGUGUGUGUAAUGGUAUACAUGGAUGAAUUGAUUGGUAUUAAUGGGAUAUAUUGUAGGAUAGCGCUAGAGUCGAUUUAUAAACUUAGAUUUCUAACAUACA